UAGAAAUAGAGAUUUCCAUUCACGAACACGCCCUAAGAUGGAUUUCUCUUCUUCCGCCUCCCCCGCGGCGGCGGAACCUGCUGCUGCUACGGACCGGUACACGUUCAGCCCGAGGCUGCGGUGGCAGCCCGAGGUCGAGGAGUACUUCGCCUCGGCGUACGGCCGCGACCACUUCGCCCGCAUCUCCCAAGCCCUCGCGCACCCGUCUUGUUACUCUUGUAUCCGUGUGAAUACCCUAAAAUCUUCGACUGAUGUUGUCAUGCAAAAACUGCUCAGUUUGGUUAAUCAAAGUGAACUUUGUGGUGGAAUGGGUGGUUUGGAGAUAGGUGAGCAGAAUGGUGAAGAGCAAGCACAUGAAGGGAGUUACCUGGUGCAUAAGUGCCCGUAUUCUGGCCUUGAAAAUGUUUUAUUCAUUCAAGGUUCAGGGCCACAUGUUCUGCACUGCGAUGGCCAACCUGGUCAAUCUAUCAAGGAGAUAAUUGUUAGUCGAAAAUGUGCAGAGUCAGUUCUUCGAGGAGCCCAGGUGUAUGUCCCUGGUGUUUUGGCUUGCAGUUCACAUGUUGAAAAGGGUGAUAAGGUUGCAGUCUCAGUCGCUGUUGAGCAACCUGUUAAGGAUAGUGGUUGGGCUGUUGGUAUAACACGAGGAAUCGUUCUACAGGGGUUGCGGUCAGAUGCACAUUAUGAAGAGAGAAAGGGUCUGUACAUUGGUCAAGGGAUCGCUGCAAUGUCAAGGGCUGGAAUUUUUCGUGUUCUUCAUGGAGUUGCAGUAGAGAUGACUGAGAGGGUGUACAAACUCCCAUCUUUUAAUGAUGUUCUUGAAGGUGAAAUAUUUCUUCAAAAUUUGCCAAGUAUUGUGGCUGCUCGUGUCCUUGAUCCCCAGCAAGGAGAGCGAAUACUGGAUAUGUGUGCUGCUCCAGGAGGAAAAACAACAGCAAUUGCUAUCCUUAUGAGGGACAAGGGAGAAAUUGUUGCCCUUGAUAGAUCUCACAAUAAGGUGAUGGGUAUUUUGAACUUGGCUGAUGAGAUGGGUCUAAGUUGUAUAAAAGCUUAUAAACUUGAUGCUCUCAAAUCUGUACGGAAGAUGAAUGAGGCAAGAAAUCUUGGUGUGGCAGAUAACUUCUCUGAAUCUAUUGUGACAAUGGAGGAGAACUCUGUCCCUUGCCAUACUACAACCGUUGCCAGGGUUACUAAUGCAGGUGAAGACAGCUUAACUACAACAGUUUUGCAGACUGAUGACCCAAAACCAGAUGCUGGAAGGUAUGUUAGUAAUGCAGACCUCAGGAAGAAUUUAAGGCGUAUGAGGAAUGGAACAGGAAGAAGUAACAUCUCUGGAGGUAGAGUUGAAGACUCAAAAGGAUUUUUUCCAAGCAGCUUUGAUCGUGUCCUCCUUGAUGCUCCAUGUUCUGCACUUGGGUUGAGACCUCGGCUCUUUGCUGGUGAGGAAACAUUGGAAUCCCUGAGAAAGAAUGCAACAUAUCAAAGGAGAAUGUUUGAUCAAGCUGUCAAGCUAGUUCGCCCUGGUGGGGUAAUUGUUUAUUCCACGUGUACUAUUAACCCAGGAGAAAACGAGGGUUUGGUCAGAUAUGCUUUGGAUACAUACAAAUUCCUGUCACUAGGAUCACAGCACCCAAAAGUUGGAGGACCUGGUAUUAUUGGCUCGUGUAAGCUGCCCGACAAGGCAUAUACUGAGGAGUGGUUGACAGAGCAUGAAGCACAACUUGUCCAGAGGUUUGAUCCGUCAUCAUCGCUGGAUACUAUGGGUUUCUUCAUUGCGAAGUUCAAUGUUGGAGAAAAGGAGGACUGAGCAAAAAGUCUUUUUAGCUCUACAUUGUAUGCUACAAUUUUACAUUAAAGAUCGUUUCCCUCCCAGACAUAUUCAGUGGUCAACAGCCUCACAGGCAGGUAUUGUACCUGCAUUUCUGCAUCCAUAGGUUUGCUGAGGAAUUUUGUUAUCUGUGGUCGCAGGUUCUAGUGAAAUCACUAGACGAUUAUGGUUUGACCAUGUGUAGGUAUGAUGUGACAUGAGAACGUAUCCAGUGAAACGCCCCAAUUCAUGCACCAGCUGCCAUCUAUUAUGGAUCUUUGGAUAGAAAAUGAAGGGACAUAAUCUAGCAAAAGGAUAGGAUGCUGGCAUAUUUACAGGAUGAACCUCGUAAUCGAUCGAAUUGUCCUAAAUGAUACCUGCCCGUGUCUCCACACAUGCACAAAUCCAAUCGUCUCUCUACCAUAACUACUGUUCUGUUUUUGUACUUCUGCAGCAGAUCUGUUGCUAACUAGAGCCAGCCAAGCUUGCCCUCAGAUUUGAGGAUUUCUGAUGGAAAAGGUCAGGAUUGUAUUGUAUUCGGAUUGGAUCUCGUUGAAUCUCAGCUAGCUAGGGGUAUUGGUGAUUUCUCAUGGGAGCUCGUCAGAUUAGCCGAGUAAAUGAUUUCAAAAUAUGGAGCUAACAAGGAUUGUUGUUUGACUAAACAUUCUCCCCUUCCACCUUUCUUGUUUGAUCCUUGUUUAGGCGUCUCUUCUUGUUUAGGCAUCUGAUAGCUCAUGAAUGAAUCCUGUCGUGGGGAGCCGCUGCUACACGAGAGGGCAAGGGAGAGAUGAUGGAAUUGAACAUUACAUUCAAUGUAAUUCCAUAACGUUACAAGGUUGACUUUGUAAAAUCUACCAACAGUUCUUCUUAUGGUAAGAUCUGAUACCUUUAUUUUCCAUCAAAAGGUCCACAACCAAUAGGUGCAGCAGGUGCAUAGAUUCCUUUGUUUCAUAGGAUAUGUCGAUGUGACAUCACCUGAGGUGUUUGAUUGCUGGAUAAUGGGUGGAGGAUUGGAACAUAAUUAAAGAACAUUGUUGAGUGAGUCUUUGCUGAA